CACAGGAAACGCAUACUGGCCUCCCUGGGCGAGAGGUUACGACUCAUCGAGGACUUGGGCUUAGAUGACCUGGACUUUGAUAAACUGGUACAGGAGUUUAAUACGGAAUUGAAUCUCAAUAUAAGCCAACUGUCCGUCGAUGAAGGACUGGGCGACACGUGUUCGACACUCACCGCUAACUCGAGCUCUACUGCCCCCGACAAAAACCGGAAGUCAGACCCAAACCCACCUAAAGUCGAGUCCAAACCCUCGAAACCCGACACAACAGAAACCACAACUCAAUGGAAACACCAGAACCGGGAGCUAAUCGACAGUUCCUGCAAAUAUACGGCCAGUUAUUUGGGCUCAACAUUAGUCCGGGAGCUCCGGGGUAUCGACUCUACCCGUGCGUCCAUUCAAAAGCUCAAACUGUCGACUAAAGGGAUCGCAAAAAUACCGCAAAUAGUUUUGUCCAUUAGUUAUACAGGCGUUCAGUUUAUUGACGCCGAGACACAGGUUAUGGUAUGCGAGCACUCCAUACGGAAUAUACAGUGUAUUUGUCAGGACAGCGAAGAUUUGAAUCAUUUCGCGUAUAUAACCAAAGAGUUGGAGACUAAUAACCAUUACUGCCAUGUCUUCUCAUCUAAUAAUACGGACUUGGUGACCGAGGUGAUACUGACAUUGGGACAGGCCUUCGAGAUCGCCUAUCAAAUGGUAUUAGAAAGCAGUGAUAAAUACAAUAAUCAAAGAUUAACACCA